CCAAUGAACGCAAAUCUUGUCGCGGGGGUGUAAUGCUGUAACGCAUGCCGAACGAGGCCCAUGUGUUGCUGAAAAAACCGGUCGAUACAACACCUGGCCAACAAUUUGGAAACAUAUUAUUUAAUAAUUAUACAUCUGAAUGAUUGCUGAUUAGAGUAACUGACGUAUCGAAGAUGCUGAAGGAAGCGGUGGAAGGGCAAGUUACAGUUGUCUGUAACGCCAUCGCAGCCUCAGUGCAGUUCCAAGUGGAGCCGGUGGGUCGAUGGUUUGAGGCCUUUUUAAAGCGCAGGGACAGGAAUGUGUCUGCCUCCUUCCAAGAGCUGGAGGAAGAAGAGGAGCUGUCAGAGGAGUCUGAAGAUGAGGAGUUGCAGCUUGAGGAGUACCCCAUGCUCAAAACACUGGAUCCCAAGGAUUGGAAGAAUCAAGAUCACUAUGCAGUCCUUGGACUGGCCCAUAUGAGAUACAAAGCGACACAGAAACAGAUCAAAGCUGCUCACAAAGCAAUGGUCUUGAAACAUCACCCAGACAAAAGGAAAGCAGCUGGAGAGCAGAUUGUGGAAGGAGAUAAUGACUACUUCACCUGCAUCACUAAAGCAAUCGAAAUUCUGUCAGACCCCGUGAAGCGAAGAGCCUUUGACAGUGUGGACCCUACCUUUGACAAUGCUGUCCCCUCCAAGAGUGAAGGCAAAGAGAACUUUUUUGAGGUGUUUGCCCCUGUUUUUGAGAGGAAUUCCAGAUGGACGUCCAAGAAACACAUUCCAAAACUUGGAACAAUGGAUUCCUCAUUUGAAGAGGUGGAUAAUUUCUAUUCUUUUUGGUAUAACUUUGACUCUUGGAGAGAAUUUUCAUACUUGGACGAAGAAGAGAAGGAAAAGGCUGAAUGUCGAGAUGAAAGAAGAUGGAUCGAGAAGCAGAACCGUGCCUCCCGGGCCCAGAGAAAGAAGGAGGAGAUGAACAGGAUACGGACGCUUGUUGACACCGCAUACAGCUGUGAUCCCAGGAUAAAGAAGUUCAAGGAGGAGGAGAAAGCGAGGAAGGAGUCUGAGAAGAAGGCUAAAGUGGAGGCAAAGAGGAGAGAGCAGGAGGAGAAGGAGCGGGCCAAGCAGGCCGAGCUAGAAGCGGCCCGUCUGGCUAAAGAGAAGGAGGAGGAGGAGGCCAAGCAGGCUGCACUGCAGGCCAAGAAGGAGAAGGAGAUCCAGAAGAAAGCAAUCAAGAAGGAGCGGCAGAAACUCAGGACCACCUGCAAGAACUGGAACUACUUUGCUGACAGCGAGGCCGAGUGUGUGAAAAUGAUGGAGGAAGUGGAAAAGCUCUGUGAUCGUUUGGAGCUUGUCAGCCUGCAGUCUUUGAACGAGGUGCUUGCCUCGGGCACAAAGGAGGAAAGCAAGGCCGCUGUGGAGAAGCAGGUGCAGGAGGUCAACGCGCAGCUGCAGAGGGAGAAGGAGGCAGAGGUGCAGGCCCGGCAGGCCUCCCGCAGUGCGGAGCAGGCUAGCAGCGGGUCCGGGGGCGGGAGCAAGGGCUGGAACGAGGAGGAGCUGCAGCUGCUCAUCAAAGCAGUCAACCUCUUCCCUGCAGGAACCAACGCUAGGUGGGAAGUAAUCGCCAACUACAUGAAUUUGCACUCUACCAGCGGCAUUAAAAGGAAUGCCAAAGACGUCAUAAAUAAAGCCAAGAAUUUACAGAAGCUUGAUCCUCAUCAGAAAGACGAAAUAAACAAGAAAGCAUUCGAGAAGUUCAAAAAGGAGCACGCAGCCGUACCCACCACCGUAGACAACGCAGUGCCUUCUGAGAGAUUUGAUGCAUCAGGUGCUGAGGCCAACGCGGCUUCCUGGACUACAGAGGAGCAGAAGCUCCUGGAGCAGGCACUGAAGACCUUCCCCGUCAGCACUCCAGAGAGAUGGGAAAAAAUAGCCUCCGUUGUACCAGGACGCACCAAGAAAGACUGUAUGAAGAGGUACAAGGAGCUUGUGGAAAUGGUUAAGGCGAAGAAGGCUGCCCAGGAGCAAGUCGCUGCUAAGAGCAAAAAAUGACGCGUAUAAACAAAUCAAGUUCUUUUAAUGUUAUUGUGUUGUCUUUAUUUUAUAAUAAAACUGCUAAGGAAAACAA